AUGGGUAAGACUCAGAUAUUGAUUACAGAUAUUCCAAGGGAGAGGUUUGAUGAGCGGUGGCCACAAGAGGUCGAGAGGCGGUUAAGAAAAGAGUUUUCUAAUGUUGAGCCAGAUUAUUUUACUCCGUUGUCGUUUUUGGAUCGGAUUGUUAUUAUUCUUAGGAGGGAGAGAGACACAGCAGAUGUUUAUGAGUGGUUAAAACGGGAGUUGGUAGAAGAUCCGAUUAAGAUCUAUUUGACUGAGCCUCUUAUUAACAAGCCACGGUCGCGAUCUGCGGUUGCUGGGAGAGAUAGGGCAGGUAAGGAUGAAGAUUUGGAGAUGGACAAGGGGGUGUUGGAUAAAGAUGGGAAGCCUGUAUUAAAGAUUGACAUAUCUGCGGCGGAAGGUCUGGGGCUUGGGAGUAGUCCAAAGUUGUCGCCUGAAAAGCAGAUUUCUCCGACCAGGUUACGUUUUCCAGAUGAUCCUAAGGUGUAUUAUUAUAUGGAGCCAGCGCCGGAAAGAAGUCCUACUGGCCCAAAGUUUAGCGAGCCAUGUUCAUCAUGUUCAAAUGGGACGCAAUAUUUGUAUCGGGGCAGAUCUCCGUCUUUGACAGACAAGAUGCCGUCCAGUCCAAGUAUCACGUUAAACCAGUGUCUUGCGAUGGAGAACUCUAUUAGUAAUGAUCCAUGA